AUACGACAUUUAUGAUUUUUCAUAAUAAACAGACGCCAAAAACGCAAUAUUAAGUAAUAAAAUAUAGUAAAUUAAUCCUCAACCUAAAUGAGGGACAUGUUUAUCAGUUUGGGAAAUAUCUUGUGCAAAUUUGUGGGUGUAAAAUGGGAAAUGUGUCGUCAUAUGGUGCCUGCAUAAUUUACGCUGUUUUCCUAACCUCACUAGUUGUAUUAAAUGCGAUAAUAGUUAAAGCAGAUUUAGAGAAAUUGCCCCACUGUUCUGAAGAAUCAGCUGACAGCAAAAGAUUUAUUUUUGUGAGUACAUUGGAUGGAAAACUAUCAGCCCUUGAUACUCAAAAUAAUGGGAAAUUGCAAUGGAGUGUUUCAACAGGACCCGGACCAAUGUUAUCAUCCAGCAUUCAUAGAUUAGAGCUAACUAACAAUGGUCAAUGGGUGCGUAUGAUUCCAUCAUUGAGUGGGGGGCUGUACAAAUUUGAUGGCGAUAGUAUAGUACCAGUUCCUGUGACUGCUGAUAGUUUACUAAGUUCCUCAUAUAGAUACUCUGAUGAUUUAGUCAUAGCAGGUGGGAGAGAAACUAGAUCUUAUGGAGUUUCUAGAAAAACGGGGAAUAUUCUCUAUGAAUGUACAAUGCAAGGUUGUUCAAAUUUAACAUUAACAUCUGAAGAUGAUGAUUCGAAUAAUCAUAAUGAAGAUGUUCUUAUAUUGCAAAGAAUUACACAAACUGUGAGGGCUGUGGACCCACGUUCCGGAACUGAACGAUGGAAUUUUAGCGUGGCGCAGCAUGAUUUGGAAAUUGUAUCUCCCACUCAGUGUAUUGGGAAUGUUAAAAGCCAUGAUAUAGUCCCUGUUGAUAUUGAAUAUAAAGUUAUUGUACCGGAAGGACUUCUAUGUGCAGUCAGUCGAGAUAAUCCCAGCAAUGUCAUUUGGAAACAUAAGUUUGAUUCUCCAAUAGUGAGUGCCUGGCGACAGCAACAUCAAUCUCUUCAGUCAGUAAAUCUCUUCAGCGGGGCAACUUGGUCAAGCAACAGCAUCCAUCUCUCACCUUCAUUAUACGUAGGCAUGCAUAAGAAACAAUUGUACAUUCAAGAAUCAGUAAAACUACAACAAUUAAUACCUAAGGUAGUUAAGUCUCAAGAGCUUUUGGGAAUUCCUUGGAAACCAUAUCCAGCUAGUGGAAAUGCAUUAGCACUAAUGGAAGAUGAUAAUGUUAUAUUUGAUUCUGAUAUCGGUGUAGAAGGAAAAACUACUGCAUUGUCCGUUUUAUAUGGCACUGAAUAUGUAAAUGGUAAUGGAUACUAUUUAUACACAACUCAAGACUUAUCCAAAUAUAAUUCUGGUCUAUGUGAUAAACAAAAUAUGAGUAUAGAUAGAAAAUUACCAGAUGAAGAAAAUUCUGAAGAAGAUGAUGAUGAUAAUUCUAAUAAUAUAGUUAUUGUGUCGCUAUGGUUUUGGUGGAAAGAAGUUCUUGUUAUCUCGAUGACCUCAGCAUUAGUAUUGAACUUGCUGGUUACAAGGAGAACUAAUCAUGAAUCGAUUCAUACUCCAAAUGAGGAUAAGCUAAGUAAAACUGCAUUAUUACUACCAGGGCCUGGACCUGAAGACAGACGUACUACAGGUCGAAGUGUGUCUGAAUCCAUGAGCACAACACCUUCUAAUUAUUCAGAAACUUCUUUUUCAUCAAGAUUUUUGGCUGAUUUUGAACCGCUUGCUUGCUUAGGAAAAGGAGGUUUUGGAAUUGUUUUUGAGGCUAAAAACAAAAUUGAUGAUUGUAAUUAUGCUAUAAAACGCAUAACUUUGCCAAACAGACAUGAAUCUCGAGAAAAGGUGAUGCGAGAAGUUAAAACUCUUGCUAAAUUAGAGCAUUCUAAUAUUGUUCGAUAUUUUCAAGCUUGGACAGAAACUCCUCCAGUUGGUUGGCAACAAGAAACUGACAAAGCAAUGGCAUUCAAAGAUGUUUUAUCAGCUGCUGUUGACAUUGAAACUCCUUCUCCGACUUACUCCAAACAUGCUCCUGUAUUCACAAGUACCAAAGCUUCUGUCAAAGAUCACCUAUUUUUAAAAGAUCCUGUGAGGGAUGAGGUUUUUGACUCACUCAUAUCUGAUGUUAGUUCAUAUCAGCAUAGCAACAUUUUGAAGACAAAGAGCUUAAAUGAUGAUUGCUCUGAUAGCUUCAUUGUUUUCAAAAGUGACACGCAAGAUGAAAGUAUCAACAAAAUAAAUGGAAAUAAUAACUUUACUAAAUAUCCAAAUACUGUUCCUGAUAUCCCAGAUAAUUUUACUUGUAGCUCAGAUAAAAAGCGGUUAUUAGGAGAAACUCAAUCAUUUUUAGGAAAUAACAGCAUAUUAAUUUCUAAUGGAAAGGAUUAUAAACAAAACACUAACACCAAGAAAACUCACAGACGUCCAAUGUCUUUAGAUUUGACUAAUAAUUUUAGGAAGGCAGAUACCCUUCCAACUGUUUACUUAUAUAUUCAAAUGCAAUUAUGUCAAAAGCAAAGUCUGAAAGAAUGGCUUAUAUAUAAUAGACUUUCUGAAAGGCAAGAUAAAAUAUUGCCAAUUUUUGAACAAAUUGUUGAUGCAGUAGAAUAUGUUCAUCUACAAGGAUUAAUUCAUAGGGACUUAAAGCCAAGUAACAUAUUUUUUUCUCUGGAUGGUCAAAUAAAAAUUGGAGAUUUUGGACUUGUUACAACCAUGCAGAAAACACCUGCAGAUCAGAGAACACCUUGUGAAAUAGAAUUAUGCUCAGGUGUAUGUGAUAAACAUACUCAACAAGUUGGGACUCAUUUGUACAUGUCACCAGAGCAGCUUCAAGGACUUGCAUAUAAUUAUAAAGUUGACAUUUAUUCAUUGGGCCUAAUUUAUUUUGAACUGUUGUAUGAAUUUGGUACUGAAAUGGAGAGAAUAAGUACUUUAAAGACUAUAAGAAAGCUACAAUUUCCACAUGGAUUUUCUGAAACAUUCCAUAAAGAGUUUCAGUUGCUAAGGUUAAUGUUAUCUCAAGAACCGGAUAAAAGACCUACAACUUAUGGGAUUAAAGACCAUUUGAGACCCUCAACAAACAGACAGUGCUCCAAUGAGGAGUGGCAUUUUCAACUACCUCCAAGACUUUGUCAUAGUUCCAGUAUGGAAAUAUGUAGCUAAGUGUCCAAUAAUUUUGAAUGAAUUCCUUUUAGUUCUUAAUUAGUCUAUAGUUUUAAGUGUAAUUAAUUGUUAUAUGAAUUUUAUGUGAUAUUGGUGAUCUUAGGGCAGUAUUUAUGAUUGAAUGA